AUGGAUUUCGAAAGUCCUGAUGUUGAAAAAGAUUUUCCUGGUCUAUACGCCUCAGAAGCCGGACGAAAGAGCAAUGAAAGCGAUUUAAGUGAUGGAGGGGAUCAUGAGAAACCUAGUAAAAAAGAUUUAUUAGGACGUAGGAAAGAUAAAAAAGAAUCUAAGAAAGACCGAGGAUAUGCAGCUUUAGCGGGUGAAAGUUCUCCAGAAGAAGAUACAGACACUAAAAGUCCAUCAAAAUCAAAGAAGACAAAAUCUUUCAAGUUCCCUACAAAAAGUAAAGAAAAGAGGGAGAAGUCAAGGGACAAAGAAAAAGUAUUAGAAGAUGUUUCAAAGCAGAGAGAGUUAAACGAGAAAGAAAAGAAGAAGGAAAAAGAAAGAGAGAAGGAGCGGGAAAGGGAAAAAAAGGAAAAAGAGAAACGGGAGAAGCUUAAAGAAAAAGACAAGGAGAAGGAAGAAAAGGCGAAGUUCAAAUUGGAGUCGAAAGAAAAGUUAAAGGACGAUAAAAAAGAAAAAGUGAAAGAAACUAAGGAAAAAGUAAAGGAUAAAGAUAAGGAGAAGGUAAAAGAGAAAGACAAGGAAAAGGUAAAAGAAAAGGAAAAAGAUAAAAAGGAUAAGAGGCUCACUAAAGUGCCGUCUACAGUCACUUCAGGAGUGCCGUUUGAAGAAAUAUUCACAUUAGGAGUUGCCCUUCCAAUAUUCGGAGUACCGUUACAUCAGUCUGUGGAAAGAUCGCGUUGCCAUGACGACACCGGGUUGCCGCUUGUUGUAAGAGACAGUAUCGAUUUCUUACAGGCUAAUAUAAAGUCGAACCAGCUGUACCGGGUGGAACCAGACAAGAUCAAACUCCAGCAGUUGCGGAAGCUGUAUACUGAUAGGGGACCAACUUUUCCCUAUCAUUGGGAUGUACCCGUCGCCUGUUCUAUGCUCAAGAUGUUUAUCGGGGAACUACCAGAAUCGAUUCUCACCCAGGAGUUGCACGGUCAAUUCGAACAGGCCACGGCGAUAUCAGAACCCCAAAGGGAAACCACUAUGGUGGCAUUACUCAAUAAGCUGCCAUCGUGUAAUCUAGCACUGGUCGGAUGGAUCAUAAGGCACUUUGAAUGUGUCCUUGCUAAUGAACAGAUAAAUCACGUGAACAUACAAACACUUUGUACGUAUAUGUGUCCGGCCUUGGGCGUGUCUCAGAACUUGCUCGCGUACCUCGUCAAUAAGGCUGAGAAAAUGUUCCCCGAUGUUUACCUCACUAAAUACGUCCCACCACUACUUUCGAUUCCGCCAGAUUUUCCGGAAAAUGCGAAUGAAAUUUCAACAGAACUCCGCAAGCAAGAGUCGGUAUUGAAUCAGAUCCAUUCGGAGAUGCACGCUGGAGUCGUCACUGCGGAUAGAGACCAACAACUUUGGGAGGCUCAACGGAUCGUCACGCAACUUAAGAGAAAAUUACGAUUAGUCCAAAAAUCAGUGGAACCGACAUCGCUUCCACUACAACAACACUCAAUAGACGAUAAACAUGACGAACAACAAAUCGAACAGACAGACGAAGAUAAAAAACAAGACACACCAAACGACUUGACAGAUAGCAAAGAAACUGAAUCAGAACUCAAAUCAGAAAUCCAAGAUCCAACGUUCCCAGUAGACUUCGAUUCACAAACAGAAUUCCCAGUAGAAUUUGAUUCACAAACAGAAUUUCCUGUAGAAUUCGAAGAUAAUUUUGAAUUCAAAGAAAAAGAGAACGAAACUGAAGUGGAAAAACCUAAAUUAACAGAAAAGGAAUUAAAAGUAUUACGGUUGCAAUUAGAAAACGCGGAAUAUUUACAACUGAAAUCUCUUCUACAAGCUAAAAUUAAUUCGGAGCAAUUCGAAAUUGUGAAACUGCGGAGUCACGUGGCGUUGAAGAAUAAACAAGAGGGCCAGAAAGAGAAAGAGAUCGGCCAAGAAGAUAUUGAGUUGAAGCAGCGGCUGUUGAAGGACAAUGCUAUGUUGGAACAGAAGAGAUUGACUUUGGUUAAUCAGAUAUUCCAAGAGAGGGUCGCGUGUAUACAGUUGAAGAUUGAGUUGGCUAUGAAGGAAAUUAUGUCGAAGUCGUAA